AUGGAUUUACUACAAAACCUUUCAGGACCUGCUUAUGCCACACCUAUGGAAGGUCUUCAACUUUUCUCCAGGGGAAACCUCUCCCACCCGACAGGCACACAGCCAACAUAUGCCUCAUCCCAAAACCGGCAAAGAUCAUUUAGACGCAGGCCACUACCGACCACUCUCCCUCCUAAACACGGAUCUGAAGAUCAUCACCAAAGAAGUACACCUCCUGAUAGAAAAGGUCACACAAAACCUAUACCAGCUGACCCUUGGACGAUGCUUUUGUCCAAACCAACUGAUUCCCUCAUUAGGAGUGAAAAUAAACUCACCACAAGAAUCACCUUAGCAACACAACGAGAUUGA